AUGGAUGGGUCUGUAAAAAAUGUGAGGGAUUUAAGUUGCUCGUCAUGUGAUAAUUCUGGUAAGUGUUCUGCUUGCAUUUAAAAUUAUAAUUUGGAUUAGAAACAAAAAUAAUGUUUAUUGACUUGUAAUUCCAAUUAAUUUGCUUAAGUUGAUUAAAAUUCUAGUUAAUAGGUCUGUUAGUUAUGCGAUCCUUCUUGUAGUACUUGUAGUGGUACUUCUAAAAGUUGUACUUCCUGCUCAAAUAAUUACUACACAUUUAAAACGUCACCUUCUGACACUAAUUUUUUAUGUUACUCUACAUGCCCUGAUGGCUACUAUUAGUUUUCAUAAGAUUGUCUGAAAUGCGAUAAUUCUUGCAACACUUGUACAGGCAACUCUUUGAGUUGUACAGCAUGUUCAAAUAGUUAUUACCCCUAUAAAGCUACUCCUUCAGCUACUAACUUUUAAUGCUACUAAGUAUGCCCUAGUGGAUCUUACUUUCUUUAAAAUUAAUGCCUAUAAUGUGAUGCUUCUUGCAAUAUUUGUACUGGUUCUUCUACCAACUGUACUGCUUGUUCAAACACAUAUUAUCCACUUAAAAUUGAACCCACUGCAACAAAUUUUUAAUGCUACUAAAAAUGUCCAAAUGGUUAUUAUUUAUAGUUUUAAUAAUGUUUAAAAUGCGAUGCAUCUUGCGACACUUGUAGUGAUAGCUCUUUAAGUUGUACUUCAUGUGCAAAUAACUAUUACCAAGUUAUGACUAUGCCUUCAUCAACUAAUUUUUAAUGCUAUUAGACAUGUCCAGAUGGAUACUAUUUGUAUAACAAUCACUAAUGUAAAUAAUGUGAUGUUUCAUGUAGCUCUUGCAGUGGUACUUCUACUAGUUGUAUUGCUUGCAAUAAUACUUAUUUUCCGCUUAAAAUUUAACCAUCUGAUAUAAAUUAUAAAUGCUACUAAAUAUGUCCAGAUGGUUACUUCUUACAGCAAUAAUAAUAAGAAUGCCUAUAAUGCGACUUUUCAUGCAGUAAAUGUGUUUUUACAAACGGACUAUAUUUUGCAACUCUACUAUCCCUUGGUCUAUGCUACUUUGGUAAAACUAUGGAUAGCAAAAUUCCAGUUAAUAGUAAUAAAACCUUAGCGGCAGUAAUUUCAACUCAUCAAAUAAAUAAUAUUAAUUCCUAAUAACCGAAAGCAUAGAAACUUUAAACUGAAGAAGAUUAACUGCAUAAUUAAAUAAUAAUAAGAGAAGCAAGUAAACAAAAGCUAAACUCUAUCGAUUCAUAAAAUAUCUUAAACUAGCCUAAAAAAUGUUGA